AUGACUGAGAUGCAAGACUGUGUAAUUACUUUGUGCAACCACGUAUAUCACCGGGAAUGUAUAGGAACUUGGCUUGAAAAGCAACACGAAUGUCCUUGUUGCAAAAGAUUAUGUCAUGUUAAAGACUGCAUACCAAUUACCCUCAAGCCGGCUGAGCAAAGCUUUCAAAGUAGACAAGGUACCAAUUUUCGAGGGCGCGGGCAUAGACAAUUAACUCGCAAUAGGCGUCGUAAUAACCCUCCAAGCUCCCAGUCGUUAAUAGAAGGUGAUAAUAAUCAGCAAGUUGCGCAAAGCCCUCGUUCCUUAAACCUGUCCAUGCCAGUAGGUGAUUCAGUCGAUAGGGAUGUAACUAACGUCUCCAAUACGCAACGUAACCUAAAUAAUCAAAUCGCGACUCUGGUGCCGUAG